CGAGGUGCGCCGGCGCGGUGCGAGUUCUCCGAUUCCGGCCAUGGCGCAGGCGGGUGCCCCUGAAGUGAUCCGGGCGGCUCAGAAGGACGAGUACUACCUGGGAGGCCUGCGGAGCGCGGCGGGUGGAGCGCUGCACAGCCUAGCGGGUGCAAAGAAAUGGCUGGAAUGGAGGAAAGAGAUCGAGUUGCUUUCAGACAUAGCCUACUUUGGCCUCACCACAAUUGCAGGCUACCAGACCCUUGGAGAGGAGUACGUUGGGAUCAUCCAAGUGGACCCAUCCAAGCAGCGUGUGCCAUCCAGGCUCCGCUGUGGAGUGCUGGUUGUACUACAUGCUGUCUUGCCCUACCUGCUAGACAAGGCACUGCUGCCCCUGGAACAGGAGCUGCAAACUGAUGGCGAUGGCCCCCGGGCUUCACAGGGCAGUCUGCUACCUGGAGGACGCAGCCGAUCAGGGGCACGGCGCUGGGUGCGUCACCACGCAGCCACCCUGACUGAACAACAGAGGAAGGCCCUCCAGCGUGCAGUCUUUAUCCUGAGACAGGGCUUCACCUGUCUCCAUCGGCUCCAUGUGGCUUGGUUUUAUAUUCAUGGUACCUUCUACCACCUAGCCAAGAGACUAGCAGGGAUCACUUAUCUCCGCACUCGCCGCCUCCCUAGAGAGGACCAGAGGGCUCAAACUAGCUACCGACUGCUGGGACUUAUCUCCCUCUUGCAUCUGGCACUGUCCAUGGGGCUGCAGUUAUACAGUUUUAGGCAGAAACAGCGAGCCAGGAAGGAGUGGAGGCUGCACCGCAAUCUGUCCCACCGCAGGAGUUCCCUUGAAGACAGAGCAGUGUGCAGAGCCCCACUCUGCACCCUAUGCUUGGAGGAACGGAGACACUCCACAGCCACACCUUGUGGCCAUCUCUUCUGCUGGGAGUGCAUCACUGAGUGGUGCAACACCAAGACCGAAUGUCCCCUGUGCCGGGAGAAGUUCCCACCUCAGAAGCUGGUCUACCUGAGACACUACCGCUGACAGCUCCAAGAAGCGGAUGGAAGCUCAUGGAAGAGUUUCUCCUCAGAACUGUGGCUGUACAGAAAUAUAAAACCUCCACACUGUUCUUUUGUUGCAUAAGCUACUACAGUUACCUGGAAAGAAAGGGGGUCAGUCACUCAAUAAUGGGGGUGGGAGAGUUUGUUGCACGUAAUUUAUGGCUUCUUCAGUCUCUGGAGAUAGUGGCCUCCCCCUCCCUUCUCAAGCCACACAGCUGAGCACUGCUUCAGAAGUUCAGGGUGUUUUACUCAGGUCUGUAAAGAAGAAGCCACCAUCAGGCUGUGAGAGGCAGGGCUCAGGCUGUGUUAGGCUGGAAGCUAAGUAUAGCACUCUGGGCUCACCAAUGUCAGCAACCCUCCUAAAACACUCACUACACGCUUAACCCAUGUUGUCAACUCUUUAAGAAAAUGAAAGUCUGGACUGGACAGAUGCCUCAGAGGCUAAGAGCACUGGAUGUUCUUUCAGAAGUCCUGAGUUCAAUUCCCAGCAACCAUGUGGUGGCUCAUAACCAUCUAUACUGGGAGCUGAUGCCCUUUCUAGCAUGCAGGCAGAACACUAUAGUACAUAAUAAAUAAGUCUUUUUAAAAAAUAGCAAGUGAAAGCUUUCAUCUUGGCCUAGCUAGCAGGUAGGAAGGGGGUCUCCCUGAGUUGCAGAUUUUUUUAAAACUGUAUUAGGUUGCACACAUGCCACUGCACAUGUGUAGAGAUCAGAGAACAACUUGCAGGAGCUGGUUCUUUGUAUCAUGUAUUUCAGGGAUCAAAUUCCGGUCCGCCUGGGUAGCAAGCAAGCAACUUUACUUGUUGAAGGUCUUGCCAACCUGGUAGAACUGGCUUGAGUGAGUUUUCUCCUAUAAACCAAUUUCCAUGCAUCCUCAGAUAGCUUUCUCUGAGGAAGUUAAGUGAACCAUGUCUGCUCGAGCCCAGAUAAACAAGUGGCCUACCCAAUGUCACUGCCGAAUCCAGCUCCCUCUUGGCUUGUCCCUAACUUUUCUCUUGCCUCCGUUUGACAUUUCCAAGAUUUUAAAAAGAAUUCAAGUCAGAGAUAGCCUGGCAUAUCUUUAAGGGACUAAUUCCACAGAAAAGGUACAUUAAGAACAGAAGCUCGGGCUGGAGAGAUGGCUCAGCGGUUAAGAGCGCUGACUGCUUUUCCUAAGGUCCUGAGUUCAAAUCCUAGCAACCACAUGAUUGCUCACAACCAUCUGUAAUGAGAUCUGAUGCCCUCUUCUGGAGUGUCUGAAGACAGCUACAGUGUACUUACAUAUAAUAAAUAAGUAAAUCUUUAAAAAAAGAAAAAGGAACAGAAGCUCAAGUUGGGUUGUGGUGGCAUAUACCCUUGAUCAGGAUUAGGAGGCAGAAAAGGUGGAUCUCUGUGAGUUAAGGCCAGCCUGGUCUACAGAGUGAGUUUCAGCAUCACUAGGGUCACACAGAGAAACCCUGUCUUAAAAACUAAAAACAACAAACACAAAAAAACCCAGGAGAUCUAGAGUAAGGAGGGCUGAAGCCAGCCAUACUGUCGGAUGCCACCAUAUCCCUUGUGAUCUCCUUGCAGAGCAAGACCCAUCCCUCUAGGUGGGGCAGAGGACCAGGUCUGACUAAGGGUAGCUUCAGGGAGUCUAUGGGAAGAUGAAGUCUCUGGGAACCUGGAACAUAGCUACAGAUAUCUGCAGUACCACGACUGGGACUCACACUGCUCUGGCCAGGUAGACCCAACUUUCUUUCCAGCACACCGGAGUCUAGUCAGCGAUGAGGAAGAUAGCGUGGGAAAUGUAAGCAAAAACAUCCAGGGUUUGAGCCUCAAGGGCUCACAUGGUUAAAAAAGACAAACUUACUUAGAACAUUAGAAAAUGAUAGGUUAGGUGUACAGAAUGUGACAUUUAAAAGGAGCAUCUGUGCCCACAAAGGAAACCCAGGUGGCUGACUCACUAAGUAUCUAACACCAUAGGAUGGAUGAGAAACACCUCUGAGUGGGCUCUGAAUAGGACACAGCCUGGGACUGAAGAACCUGCUGGAAGUGGAUAGCCUGUCCCUCUCUACCUGUGGUGUCUGCUGUCCUGGUGCUAAUUGGCCCAGUGGCUCCCUUGCAAUAGCUGUGGCAAGCAAGCUGGCUUCAGUGAGGUGACUCACGGUGUAGACGAAGGCUGCACAAGCAAGGGACACUGUCUUUAAUAAAGUUGGGAUUUUAAAGUCACUUAGUAAAA